AUGGACCUACGUGAUAUCCUCGCUACCACCGGCUUCGUGACCUAUGGCCUGCGACACCCUCUGGAAGGCUUGUCGAGCUUCGGCCCUACCGUGAGCGAGGCUACCUUCGGCCUCCUGGGCUCCUCAUUCAAGCCUGAGCGCGAUCUCCCUAGCCUGGAAGGCAAGACUAUCCUCGUUACCGGAGGCAACACCGGACUCGGCAAAGAAACCAUCCUCCAGCUCGCCAAACACCGUCCCUCGCGCAUCUACCUAGCCGCACGCACCGAGACCAAGGCCCGCGAUGCAAUCGCCUCCAUCCAGUCGGAGCUUUCUUCCCCGGCCGAUAUCCGAUAUAUCCCGCUUGAUCUGAGCUCCUUCAAAUCCAUCCGCACCGCGGCAGACAAAUUCCACGCGGAGAGUGACCGGCUGGAUCUCCUGAUUCUCAAUGCCGGGACCAUGGGCAACCCACCCACCAAGACCGAGGAGGGAUUCGAGGUGCAGCUGGGCACCAACCAUAUCGGCCAUCAUCUGCUGACGAAGCUCCUGCUCCCGACGCUGCAGAAGACCGUCGACGAGAUCCGUGCUAGCGAUAGCAAUGCCACCCCAGACGUCCGCGUCCUCACAUUAUCGUCUGCCGCCCACGUCAUGAGUCCAGCGACCUUUACCGGGUUGACAUCUACGCCUUCCCUUUUGUCAUCAAGUACCUGGCACCGCUACGGAGCCUCCAAGGCGGCGAAUAUCUUCUUCGCAGCGGAGCUCGCUCGUCGACACCCGGAUAUUCUUUCGGUGUCGGUGCAUCCGGGUGCAGUCAACAGCGAUCUAUACGCCCAUGCCAAGGCGACCAGCUCACUUAUGAAAUACAGCUUAACCGCCGUAUCGUCAUACUUCUUUCGAAACACCAGCAGCGGUGCAUUGAAUACUCUCUGGGCGGCUGGAACGCCGAGAAAUCAAGUGAUCAAUGGAGCCUACUAUAGCCCCGUCGGCGUCCGAUGUGACGGCACUCAGUUUGUUCAAGACGCCGAGAUGGCCCGGAAACUAUGGGAUUGGACUGAGAGCCAGAUUUCUGAGCGGAACCCCAACAUGAGCCGCAUCGUGGUAACCGGCGGCUCCGGGAAAUCAGGCCAAUACGUGAUAAACGAGCUCCUAGCCGCCGGCCACCAAAUCCUAAACCUAGACCUUAUGCCAAUGACGCACCCAGACGUGCACACGUUGAAAACCGACCUAGCGGACAGCGGCCAAGUCUUCAACGCCCUAUCCGGCCAAUGGACCCUUCACGAGCCGUUUCCCGAGGGCCUUCCUCCGCGCCCAGACGCCGUGGUCCACCUGGCAGGCUACGCGCGCAACAUGCUCGUGCCGGACAACGAGACGUUCCGCGCGAAUACGCAGGGCACGUACAAUAUCGUGGAGGCGGCUUGUAAACUGGGGAUUCGCAAGAUUAUCAUCGCGAGCAGCGUGACUGUUUACGGGGUUAGUUUUGCGCAGGGGGAUGCGAAUUAUCCAUACUUUCCUAUUGAUGAGGAGCAGGAUGUGAAUCCGACGGAUACGUAUGCGUUGGCGAAAUUGUGCAAUGAGCGGGUGGCGAGGGGCUUUGCGGCACGGUUUGGGGUUGAUAUUUAUAUUUUACGGAUUGGGAGGGUGAUUGAGCCGGAGGAGUAUAAUGGGGAGAUUUUCUAUAGUUAUGUUCAUGAGCCGGAGCAGUGGAAGGUGCAUGGGUGGUCGUAUAUUGAUGCGAGGGAUUUGGGGGGCAUGUGUGAGGCGGCGGUGCGGACGGAUGGGUUGGGGUUUCAGGUUUUCAAUGCUACGAAUGAUACUAUGACGAAUGUGCGGAAGACGGAGGAGUUUUUGAAGGAGAGGUUUCCUGGGACGCCGAUUCGGAGGGGGUUGGAGGAGUUUGAGGCGCCGUUGUCGAAUGCGAAGAUUAAGCGGUUGUUGGGGUUUCGGGAGAAACAUCCGUGGAAGAAGUAUUUUACAUUGUGGGAGGAGGGUGAUAGAGAUGGGGAGGAUCCCCGAUCACCCCUCACACAACCGACAUAA